AUGAUCGAAAUUUUAUCAUUACCACGAAGACCAAAAGAAACCGCAGUUGAUAUAUCAAAAUUGAAAUUGAAAUCCGGGCUUCCGCUCAACAGUUUACCCGGAUGGGAGCAGAUUCCCUUGAAUUGUAAAUUGCCAAUGGUAAAAUGCCCGGGUAAUCAGGUUAUAUUUUCCAUUAAUAAAAUUGGUCAAACUAUCAAAAAGAAAGAGAGGCAAGAAUUUGAUAUAUCAAUCACCGAAAGUCUGUCAGAAUAUAAUCCUCUACAAGAUUCCAAUUUGCGGGCAUUCUAUGCCAAUGAACGAAAUUUGAAACGUCUACGAGAAAAUGGAGAAAUUACGGAGAAUAACGAUGUUAUUUGCAAUCUGAAAGAUUUCAAUAAAUAUCGUCAGAAGCUGCAUAAGGCCAAGGUGUAUUACAUACUGCAGGAAAUGAAUCGUAUGGAUUUAGAACAUCGUGAUCGGGUUCUUAUCAACAAUGCCGAAUACAUAACCAGUUGUGAUCAUGGCAAUUUGGCAGCUCGGCAACACAGCUAUAACGAAGUUUUACAACGCAAAAACAAUGCGGAUCACGAGCGUUGGGAACGUUUCAAAAAACUAUGGGCAUCCAAAGUUUCGAAAAUUAAUUAUAUUAAAGCAACAAAAACAAUGGCAUACACAACCAUGGAACAUCAAAAACUUCUACGCCACCUCAGUAUGAAAAGGCAUUGGGAUCAAUGCAAUGACAUUCAACGGAAAAAAUUAAUUAAAUUCAAAAAACUGAUACAAUUUAAAAGUGAUCGUUUCUAUAAGAAUUUGAAACGUUUAAAGGCGGCGCGAACCCAACAGAGUGGUGAAAAGGAAAUGGACUCAUGGAAACAACGGUUGGCAGAACGUGUACGCAAUCAAGAGAAAAUUCGUGCAAUUCUAACGGAAAUUGAAGAUCAAAAGAAAGCCUACAUUGAGGAACAUAAAAAGAAAUAUAAGGAGAAGUGGAUGCUGAUACAAAAGGAAAUAAAAAAUCGAGCUAUGCAUAAUCGAAGGAAAUUGAAAAAGACAAUUGACCAAAAACAGAAUUCCAACAAUAAAACACCAUGUCCAAAACUCAACACAAAUCCCUCGUACUGUGCUGAAUUUCAGUCAAGCUUUGAUAAACUAAUUGACAAAGAUGUUUGCAAAGCUCUAAAUGCCGCUUUGGACAUAGAGGCCAACCUGCAGGUACCAUUUGAGGCCAAUGAUCCGAUUUAUAAAGCCGCCCAAUUUAUUAUGCAACAUAUUCUAAAGAAGUUGAAUAAGGAUUUGUCGAGUGACAAAGAGGCAUCCGAAAGUCUUUGCUGUCGUAUUGAGGCAUUUUUCGAGGAGGUCAAGAAAUUUGUUAUAUUUAGAUCAACCCAAAUUAUUUCUGCCAUACGCAAGGCCAUCAAUGAAGGUCAGUGUCCAAAGGCUAGUGUAUUGGGUAGCGAGUCUAUGUCUAGACCAUUUCUUAAACGCACAUCUGGUGGCCGCGUUUCUUUUAAUAAUACUUCCAGUACGAUUGGUAUCUCCAGUUAUGAAAUACAUCCUCUAAUUGAAGUGAAGGAGGUUGGUGAUCGUAGACCAACACCAGCUGGUUCCUUGGCCUCCAUUGUGGUAGAUUCAACAACCAGUCUGCUGGAGAAGACACACACCAGUCACCUGUGUCGCAAUGAAUUGGUAUUUAUUGAACAUUAUUUGACGAAAUUCAAACGUGAUUUAUUAGUCGGUAUCGGUCGUCGUGUAUUUGCUGCGAUUCAAUGUCAUUUUGAGCACAAAAUUAUGAAUGUUCGACAGGAGCUAUUGGAUGUUGAUCUUAAAUUUUUGAUAAAACAAUCAACAAAAUCUAUCCUAAGAUAUGCCAUAAAUCCCCUCGAUUUUGAAUCGAAUUUACGUCUUUGUAUUAGUGCGAUUUCAAGUGAUAUUAUUUGGUCAUUGCAAAAGGUUUUACUGAAAAUGCCCACCGAUCCAAGGCGUCCCAUUAAGCCGCGAGCAAAUUGUCAAUGUAUGCGCGAUAAGGAGAUGUUUUAA